CUAUCUUCCACUACAUUAUUUAUCUUCAAUCCAAGUUCUUUUUCUCUCCACCAAUCAAUCAAUAAUGGAGACAAUCACCAUCAUCUGCACAACCGCCUUUCUCGCCGGCGGACUCUACUGGUUCAUUUGCAUGCUGGGAUCCGCCGAACAAAAAGGCAAACGCGCCAUCGAUCUCUCCGGCGGCUCCAUACACCGCGAACAAGUCCAUGAAAGCUACAACCAAUAUUGGUCUUUCUUCCGCCAUCCUAAAAACAUCGAAAAAACAGAAAAUGUCCCCGCCUUUGUCGACACUUUUUAUAACCUCGUCACGGAUAUAUACGAAUGGGGGUGGGGCCAGUCUUUCCAUUUCUCGCCCGCAAUUCCAGGAAAGUCAAACUUAGAGUCAACAAAGAUACAUGAACAAAUGGCUGUUGAUUUGAUUGAAGUCAAACCUGGUCAAAAGAUCAUCGAUGUUGGGUGUGGCGUUGGUGGGCCGAUGCGGGCGAUUGCGGCCCAUUCUAAAUGUAAAGUUGUUGGAAUCACUAUAAAUGAUUAUCAAGUCAAACGGACCAAGGCCCAUAAUAAGAAAGCCGGGUUGGACCAUCUAUGUGAAGUAGUAUGUGGAAACUUUUUAGAAAUGCCAUUUGAAGACAAUACAUUUGAUGGUGCGUAUUCGAUAGAAGCCACGUGUCACGCGCCGCAACUCGAAGCCGUGUAUAAAGAAAUAUAUAGAGUUUUAAAACCGGGAUCGAUGUAUGUAUCGUAUGAAUGGGUGACAACUGAAUUAUAUAAUAAUGAUGAUUCUGAACAUGUGGAUAUAAUACAAGGGAUUGAAAGAGGUGAUGCAUUGCCAGGCUUAAGGACAUACAAGGAUAUUGCCAAAACCGCGGCAAAAGUCGGGUUCGAGGUGAUUCGAGAAAAGGAUUUGGCUAAGCCGCCUGCUAAGCCAUGGUGGACUAGGAUGAAAAUGGGGAAGAUUGUAUAUUGGAGGAACCAUGUGGUGGUUGUGGUGCUUCAGACAUUAGGUGUUGCACCUAAAGGGACAAUUGAUGUUCAUAAUAUGUUGGUUAAGACUGCGGAUUAUCUUGUUAGAGGAGGGGAAAGUGGGAUUUUUACACCUAUGUAUAUGAUUUUGUGCAGAAAACCAGAUCAAGAGGAUUGAUUUGAGGUCAUUUGAGGUUUAUUAUUGUUAAUGUUAUUAUAGUUCACAUUUAACUUUGUGGAAGUGAAACGUUAGUGUGAUAUUGUGAUAUUUUAUGACUUUGUGUUAUAAAUGUUGUAAUUUAAGUUAUGUGUUAAUUGAGUCUAUGUUUCUUUA